GUGACUGGAAUCAAGUAUAAACAACAGAAUUAUGUGAAGCUGUACAGUCGCAGACCAGCUGUAAGGGGAAAUGGGGUUUUCAACCCCACUACACUGGCCUCAUGAACACACACCUACUGUAGGCUGAGCUCCACCCAUUCAUGUUUUGACAAUGUAAUCAGUCACCUAUUAAUAAACCUUGUCCAUCCAUGACUGAGAGCCAAGAAGGUAAAUUGUGUAACUGAGUUAGAGAGGGAGAGUCUGAGAGACAGAGAGAGUGAGAGAGAGAGAUUUCGAGCAACAGCCAUUGUUUCUGAGGGCGGAAGUUGUGAUGAUGCUGCUAUAUUGUAAAGCCUGAGGAGGAGGAGCAGGAGGAGAGACGGGAGAGUCCAGAGCUGUGCUCCUGACUCUGUCAGAUCUACAGGUAGCAGAAGGCAAACGUUAAGAAAAGAUAGUUUAUAUCAUUUGUUUGGAUAACACAGUGGAAUCUAAACAAGGCUGUUCACCACGGGACACAGACAUGGACAGUAAAGAGGAGAAUAUACAGUUCACACAGGGUUUACCAGAGAAAAAUGAGCCUUUAAGUGAAGACAGAUAUGACAAAAAGAAUGGGAAGAAGAAAAAGAAGAAGAAUAAAGAAAAAGAGCCAAAGUUGCCCAUGGUUGGUCCCAUCACAGUGUUCAGAUUUGCUGACAAGUGGGACAUUUUAAUGCUGAUUGCUGGGCUACUGAUGGCUAUGGUCAACGGUGUCAUGCUUCCCCUUCUCUUCCUCGUGUAUGGAGACAUGACAGACAGCUUCAUAGGCCAUGGAUCAUCUUCUCCAGAACUUAACUUCACAGACAUACAGGUUAACAUCACUCUACAGGAGCAAAUGACUGAGUAUGCCAUCUACUACUCCAUCAUGGGAGUUGGCACGAUGGUUGCAGGAUACCUGCAGGUUUCCCUGUGGACUAUAUCCGCUGGGCGACAGGUCAAACACAUACGCAAGCUGUUUUUCCACAAAAUUAUGCAGCAGGAAAUAGGUUGGUUCGACGUCAACGAAACAGGAGAGCUCAACACACGGCUCAUGGAUGAUGUCUAUAAGAUCCAAGAGGGAAUUGGAGACAAGCUGGGAAUGCUGAUCCAACAACUCAGCACCUUCUUUGCCUCCUUCAUCAUUGGCUUUGCUAAAGGCUGGAAGCUCACCCUGGUCAUCAUGGCCUUCAGUCCAGUACUGGGCAUUUCAGCAGCACUUUACAGUAAGGUGCUCACAACAUUCACCAGUAAAGAGCAGGGCGCUUACGCCAAAGCAGGAGCUGUGGCAGAGGAGGUGCUCUCUGCAAUCAGGACAGUGUUUGCAUUCAGCGGUCAAAAGAGAGAGAUUACCAGAUAUGAAAAACACUUGGAAGAUGCAAAGGCUAUGGGGAUUAAGAAAGCCAUCUCUGCCAACAUUGCCAUGGGCUUCACCUUCUUCAUCAUCUACUCUUCCUAUGCCCUGGGUUUCUGGUAUGGUUCCACACUCAUCCUCAGUGGGGAAUACACCAUUGGGAGUGUACUCACUGUUUUUUUCGUUGUGGUUUUUGGAGCAUUUGGGAUUGGACAGUCCUCUGCCAACAUCCAGAGUUUUUCCAGUGCUCGAGGAGCAGCACAUAAAGUGUACAGUAUCAUUGACAAUAAACCAUGCAUUGACAGCUUUUCGGAGGCGGGCUACAAGCCAGACCACAUCCAAGGAAAUAUAGAGUUCAAGAACAUUCACUUUACCUACCCCUCCAGACCAGAUGUCAAAAUCCUAGAAAACAUGUCUCUGAGUGUCAGUAGUGGACAGACCAUCGCCUUAGUGGGCAGCAGUGGCUGUGGUAAAAGCACCACCGUCCAGCUGCUUCAGAGGUUCUACGACCCUCAGGAAGGCACUGUGUUAAUUGACGGCCACGACAUUCGCUCCCUCAACAUCCGCUACCUGAGGGAGAUGAUUGGAGUGGUAAGUCAGGAGCCCAUCCUCUUUGCCACCACUAUUUCUGAGAACAUCAGAUACGGACGACUCAACGUGACGCAACAAGAGAUUGAACAAGCCACCAAGGAGGCUAACGCGUACGACUUCAUCAUGAACCUUCCUCAGAAAUUUGAAACGCUGGUCGGUGAGAGAGGGACUCAGCUCAGCGGUGGACAGAAGCAGAGGAUUGCCAUUGCGAGAGCUCUGGUCCGUAACCCCAAAAUUCUUCUGCUGGACGAAGCCACGUCAGCUCUUGACGCUGAGAGUGAGACCAUCGUGCAGGCUGCACUGGACAAGGUCCGACUUGGUCGCACCACUAUAGUUGUUGCACAUCGACUGUCUACCAUCAGAAACGUUGACGUCAUUGCUGGCUUCCAGAAUGGUACCGUUAAAGAAGUGGGCAGUCACAGCAAACUGAUGGAAAAAAAAGGAAUUUAUCAUUCACUAGUCACAACACAGACUUUUCGCAAAGUCGGGGAGGAGGAUGACGACGACGAAGAAGAUGAUGAGGAGGAGGAUUUAGAAGAUCCGAAGAGUCCUUUGUGCAGUCAUGGGUCCUUAUCAUUUCGGAGGAAGUUAAGGAGAGGCUCCUCCGCCGCUGCCUCAGUAGGCAAGAAGGAACAGACAGAAAAGAAUGACAAGGAUACAACAGAAGAGAAUCCCCCCUCUGCCCCCUUCCUCAAAGUCUUAGACCUCAACCGUUCAGAGUGGCCGUACAUCAUGCUGGGAAUCUUCUGUGCCAUCAUCAACGGCGCCAGUCAACCGAUGUUUGCUAUAUUGUUCUCUAAGAUCAUCACAGUGUUUCAAGAGCACGAUAAAGACAUCGUGAGGGAAAGGGACGUCUUUUCUCUCAUGUUUUUCGCAUUAGGAGCCGUGUCGUUUGUCACCUUAUUCCUGCAGGGCUUCUGUUUUGGUAAAUCUGGAGAGAUUCUUACCCUCAAACUGAGACUGCAGGCUUUCAAGGCCAUGAUGAGACAGGACCUUGGCUGGUAUGACAACCAAAAGAACAGUGUGGGCGCUCUCACUACCAGACUGGCCACAGAUGCUGCCCAAGUACAGGGGGCCACAGGAGCUCGUCUGGCCACACUGGCCCAGAAUGUUAGUAACCUGGGCACCAGUGUGAUCAUCGGUUUUAUCUACAGCUGGGAGCUGACGCUGCUCGUCCUGGCCGUGGUGCCCAUAAUGGUGGUGGCCGGAGCCGCAGGCGUCCAGAUGAUCAGUGGACACGCUGCGGAAGACAAGAAGGAGCUGGAGAAGGCUGGGAAGAUUGCCACGGAGGCCAUCGACAACAUCCGCACUGUUGCCUCUCUCACUCGAGAACAGAAGUUUGAGGCAUUGUAUCAAGAAAACCUUAACGUACCAUACGUGAACGCCAAGAAAAAGGCCCACAUCUAUGGCUUCACUUUCUCCUUCUCUCAGGCAAUGAUCUACUUUGCCUACGCCGGGUGUUUCCGAUUUGGAGCCUGGUUGAUUGUGGAGGGAAGGGUAAAUGUGGAAGGAGUUUAUCUUGUGAUUUCAGCGGUGAUGUUCGGCGCCAUGGCUAUUGGUGAGGCCAAUGCUUUCGCUCCAAACUAUGCCAAGGCCAAAGUGUCGGCCUCUCACCUCCUGAUGUUGAUAAACCUGAAGCCUGCCAUAGAUAACCUUUCAGAGGAAGGAGAAGCACUGGAAAAGCUUGACGGAGAGAUUCACUUCAAAAACAUUGAGUUCAAUUACCCCUCAAGACCAGAUGUGCCCAUCCUCAGAGGGCUGGAUCUGGAGGUGAAGAAGGGUCAGUCACUGGCCUUGGUGGGCAGCAGUGGCUGUGGGAAGAGCACAGUCAUACAGCUGAUUGAGAGAUUUUAUGACCCCAAAGAGGGGCGAGUGGUGAUGGAUGGUGUAGACAUCAAGAAACUGCACAUCGGUUGGUUGCGAUCCCAGAUAGGCAUCGUGUCCCAGGAGCCUGUGCUGUUUGACUGCUCUCUAGCAGAAAACAUUGCCUACGGCGACAACAGCCGCACUGUGACCAUGGAGGAGAUCGAGGCGGCAGCAAAGGCAGCCAACAUUCACAACUUCAUCGUGCAGCUGCCACAGCAGUACAACACUCAGGCAGGUGACAAGGGAACACAGCUCUCUGGUGGGCAGAAGCAGCGAGUGGCCAUAGCACGAGCCAUUUUGCGGAACCCUAAGUUGCUGCUGCUGGACGAGGCCACCUCGGCCCUGGACACUGAGAGUGAGAAGGUGGUGCAGGAGGCACUGGACCAGGCCAGCAAAGGCAGAACGUCCAUCAUCGUGGCCCACCGUCUGUCCACCAUCCAAAACGCCGACAGCAUUGCCGUCCUGCGCGGAGGAGUUUUGGUGGAACAGGGGACGCAUGAACAGCUUCUGGCCAAAAGGGGAUUCUACCACACGUUAGUGACAAAGCAGUUGGGCCACAGUAAGGCCAGCAAAACAGGAAGUGAACAAAGCAAGGAGAAUUUUCAGGAAGCCUUAUAGACUUCAUGCAAAUCUACAGUACUGUGCAAAAGUUUCACGCAGGGCGUGAUCCUUUACUGUAUUAUUUUCACCUCAUUCCAAAUUUUUUAAAAACAAAUGUCAAGAUCACAUUUAUUCAAAUACUUGACAAUACACGUACACAAAACUUUAGCACAGUACUGUACAUACCAGCUGGAUCACAUACCUGACCCUUUAUCACUUUCAUGCCUCUGAUUUUUUAUAUAUAUAUUUUUCACAGAUUAAUUCCAACGGAACAAUUAUGAAACAUUUAGGAUUUACUACUAUGUUAGUCACAGUCUGAUUGAUCGAACUAAUUCUUAUUCUAAGUUGAUUCUGUAAAGUUUUACUACGUUACUUUACUGCUUUAGUUGCACUGAAACAAAUACUUGAUGAAAAUUGAUGUCUGGAGUAUAAAUGUAUUGUAAUUUAAAAGUUAAACUGACUUUUGUUGAGAUUUGGCGCCACCUACUGUGAUCAAAAACCUCAGUACUGUAUGUAUUGAUGAUUAAUAUUUUACGAUAUUAACGAGGCGUCGUGGUGCAUUCAUUGGCACUAAUAGCGUCACUCAGCACAACAUUAACGUCUGUGGGGAAAACAUGAAUGAAUGAAAACGUAAUCGUUUACCUGAGAGGAUCCACAGUAGUGAGUAAUUGAGCAGAUUCUUGUUAAAUGCGGUACACGGUGUGUGUGUGUGUGUGUGUGUCGAUGCAAUUAAUAGCGAUUGUAAUUUUUACAAACGCCAAUCAUAACUCACCGGUGUGGGUGUAUGCUCAUAUAUAAAAAUGUUUAUAUUUAUUUGAUAAAACGACUCACUUUUUUUUACACUAUUAGACUUAGGUCCAACUUUUCUAAUGUAAAAUGUGGACAGGAGCUCGAAAACAGUUGGAAAACACUGCCCCUACAGUUAGUACAGGUGAUAGUUUGGGUCAGAAUUCAAUCAUUUUAAGCCUCAGUGCUGUAGCUGCUGUGAGCUGUGCAGUCCGGCAGAGCCUCAGUAUCUAAACGGAACCAAAAGUCACCAAUUUAAAAAUGACAGGAGUUCAGGAAGAGAAGAGAGAGCGGAAUUUACGAUGAGGUGUAAAGUCAGAGCAGCAGCUGAGACUGGUGUCCAGUUCCUAGUGUUUAUUAUUCCUUAACUAAACGAAGACGGUUCUUAUUUUUCAUACUGAAAAUGGUCGAUGUCUGCAGCGUUCAUGCAUUUUUUUCUUCUACAAAGGAAACAGAAAAAGGAAGAAAACUUUUCAGAUUUUAUUUUCAGACACAAAGCUUAAGAAAUAACAUAAAGGUUUCUGGCACAAAUCCACCCACAUAUGGCAUGAAUGACAAAAAACAAAAACAUUAUUCAAAUGUUUAAACUCAGAGGCUUCGUGGAAUAGGUUUCACAGUGAGAACUUUCAACUUCAUCAUAAUCACUUCCUACUGAAGUACAAGUGUUAGAUUAAAGGCAGACGCAACACAAUAAUACAAAGAGUUAAUGACAGACAUCAUUGAUCAAAACAUACUAUUUUAUGUUCUCCUGGUUCUUGUAGAACCACAGUGUACACUCAUUAAUCAGGUGAUUUUUUUAAUAAAAAAAAA